AUGUCAUACUCUGACUACAGCGUCUCGGACCACAACAGGUCCGAAACCAGACCAGACAAGGCUCUCGUAGUCAAAUGUGCGUACGACGAAGCGGUCAGGAAGAUUACCUUCAGCUCGACUCGCACAUGUUCCUAUGAGCUUCUCAGACAGAGAAUUGAGGAGGGAUUCUCGCUCUAUACCACCCCUUUCGCCAUUACAUAUACAGAUGAUGACGGCGAGGUCACGGACAUAGCGACCGACGCGGAUCUCACAGAGGCCAUCCGCUAUGUAUAUCCUGUCAACGACGAUCCUCCGCUCUCCUCGUCCUCAUCUAUACUUUCUGGCCGCAGUCUCACAAGAGGGAAGAUCACGCUACGAGUCCGUAUCACGGUCGAGUACGACGGACCCAGCCUGUCCGACACGUCUUCUCUGGUUAGUCUGGAGGAAUAUAGGAACCGCAAUGGCAGCGAGCUCUCGCUGUCUCUCAGCAUGCCCCCCGCAGGUGAGAUUGAGGAUGACUCCAUCACCGUAAGCUCGAAGGAUAUGGGUUCAAAGCAUGAUAUGUAUCGCGCGCGGGGCCCGAAGACAAUGGUCUCUGGUCCAAGCCGCGAGACGCUACGAAAUGACGCCCAUGAGCCGACCGUCGAGGAAGAGAAAUGGGAAGGAGCUACGAUGUCAAGCGUCCCGCCGACAAUGGCCGUGGACAAACUCUCAUCGUCACACUCGUAUGCCCCUUCCUCAGAGCAGGACCCGUUUUCGGACAAGCAAGCCGCAUUGGACCCGACAUCUGUGUUCGAGCGCCUAAGACUGGAAGAGGAUCUGCAAAGCCGGCAGCCAGGAUCCAGCUAUGGAUCGUCCACUCUGCACUCAGAGCGCGGUGCGGCAUGGCUCCGUGACCAGAAUGCACGGACAAUCAAGGGAAUGCUCGGCGAAUUACCCGCGCCGUCCGAGAAGUCGUAUGAGCCGUCGGUCGCGGCACCCGAGGACACCGGCUCUGUGCUGAGCGGUGAGCUAGCGCUGCAGCAGGACGCAACUGGCAAGUACUACUACGCGUACACGGCUGGCAGCAGCUCGUACGGCGCGUCGCAGAGCGUGCCCGACUCGGGAUUCGAGGACGUCUCGGAUGUCCACCGCGCGAGUAUCACUGCCAAUCCCGCCCUAAGUAGACCGACAUCGAUGGAGGUGAAUGGUUAUGAUUACCAAGAAGUCUCCGGAAACGCGCUGCACCGGUCUUCAUCUUCUGCUUCAAACCCGUUUAUCCGGCGUUCUAUGUCGGAACCCAUCUUUCCUCCAGACUACAUUGACCCUGACGUCCCCCCUGAAGUUCUUCAGUUCAUCACCGGCAUCCCUCCUAUUCCUCCAGAGAACCCUCCCACUUGUUCCAACUGCAGGACAAUAAUGGACACCUUUCGAUACGUGUGUUCAACGUGCGGAGAGCAGAAACCGAUCUCACCAAGCGAGUUGUAUGGGAUGGAUAAUGGCAAGGGGAAAACGCGGGCUGUGGAGAUGGAGUUUACAAACGGCAAAUACUCCUUCCCGCCCUCACCACCAACUAUGUCGUCGGCUUCCUCAACGUCAUCUUGGUCAAUGGUCUCGAGCUCAAAUGCCCCUUUGCGCAAUACUUCCGAUGCAACACUGAGCGCCGGACCAAGGUCGCUGAAGCCCCUGCCGGCAGUUCCUAUGAAUACUGGCUACGAGCUGUGCUGGCAGUGUCUCCCAACCGCUGGAGUCACCCACGCACUUGAAAUGAGUGUCGCACCUGGCUCAUCACCCAGUCUCGCGGAAUGGCCGUCUUCGGAAGACGCGCAGCGCGCCAUGUCGCAAUGGCGCCGAACUGCACCGAGCCAAAAGGGUCAAUUACGUCACGCCUACAUCGAGAAGAGUUGGGGUCAUAAGGGGUGGCAGGACGUCGAACAAGAUGAUCACCGCAGCUGUACCUGCUCGACCUGUGGGACUCAAAUUGUGAAUCACCGGUACAAAUGUGCUUCUUGCGAAAACUUCAAUCUGUGUAAGGCAUGUUAUAGUCAGGUACACGAGAUUCAUCCAUCGCACGCGUUCCUCGUCGUGCCGGAUAAAUUGCCGCGCUCGCGCUCCGAGCCUCACAACAUGAUGUCCGCAUACGGAGAGGCUUCCCUCAAACAUCCAGGGGUAAAAUGCUUCCAUUGCAUGCAAGAUAUCGUUGGUGCACGAUUUCACUGCGCAAUCUGUGAUGCUGUCGAUAUCUGUUCCAACUGCGAGUCUGCCGGCUUACCAGGAAAUCUGCACGAGUCCGACGGUGGGCACAGCUCGUCGCACAUCAUGAUCAAGAUCCCUUAUCCGCUUGGCACCGCAGAGCUGCAAUCUGCUAGUCAGAUGGCGAAAAGUCUUUGGAGCGGACGUGACGCGGCAACGGGCCAGCGCGUGCGCUCGCGACGUAAUUCGCUCACCUCCGCGUACGACCGCACCGUCCUUGGCAUCGGCUCUCGCAACAACGGCAACUCGUCGCUUGACAAUGCGUCCGUGGCCAUUGAGGCAGAUGACCAUGGUGUCAGAUGUGAUGGGUGUGGCGGGUACGUUGUUGGUAUUCGGUACCAGUGUGCAUCAUGUCCUUCCCUACCAAAGCCGUACAGCCUUUGCGCACAUUGCGAAGAGCGUUCAUACAUCCUACAUGACCCGUUCCACGUCUUCUUUAAAUUUCCGCGGCCGCUCAAUCGCCCGCUACAAGUAGGCCGGCCAUUGGUUCCCAAAUUGUACAAAUACCCUGCGGGGCCUCCCGAUGGCAACUACGCUAUGAGUAACCCCAAGGGUACGUGCCUUCACUGUGAUGUGCUGCAUUCUGCUACCACAGCGUACCUCGCAGGUCUGGUUCACUCUUUUGCCUUAUGCGACCGCUGUAUGACACGCAUCAACGGCGAGUGGUACCGUUGCGGAUACUGCUCGAUCGACUUGUGCGAGGUCUGCCAGCGGAUGGACACACAUAACGACAGACAUGCUUUUGUAGUGUUCAAGUCUCCAGUACGUUGUUUCACGUCUGAUGUUCAUAACCCGACAUCCAUCAUUCCCUACCCUAUAUAUUACUCCUAG